AAAAAAUAAAAUCUUUAACUAUAUCAACUUUACUAGUAGUAUCAGUCCAUCUGAAAGAACAUGAUGAAAUGCCUGCAUCACGUGAGACGCACAUGCUUCAACAAUUUCCCGGAUAAUCACCGCCAUCUGGCAACGGCAUUAUUUGCGAUCCCGAAGGUCUGCCUCUCUUCUUUCCCUUUGGACCGGCGGAUUUCUCGAUCGGAUUCUCCUAUUCAAAACCCUCGGAUAUUCCUUUCUCCCAUCAAUUACACCAUGGGUUCGUCGGAGAAAUUGAACGAGGAAUCUCGAAUUCCAGACGACGCGAAGAAAAUUCUCAAAUCGCUGGCGGCGGAAUGGAGCGACAUAGCCGAUGCGGAUGCGCUGCAGGUGAUUCCGCUCAAGGGUGCAAUGACUAACGAGGUCUACCAGAUCAGAUGGCUUCGGAAUUCCAACCCCGACGAGUCCCUGCCGAGAUCCAGGAAAGUGUUGGUGAGGAUUUACGGUGCCGGCGUCGAAGUAUUCUUCGAUCGGGAAAAUGAGAUACGUACGUUUGAGUUCAUGUCCAAGCAACGCCAGGGGCCUCGAUUGCUCGGCCGCUUCUCUAAUGGCCGUGUCGAGGAGUUUAUCCGGGCUCGGACACUUACAGCAGCUGAUUUGCGUGAUCCUGAGAUUUCUGCUCUUAUUGCAACUAAAAUGAAAGAGUUCCACAACUUAGAUAUGCCUGGAUCCAAGACCGUUGUCCUCUGGGAUAGAUUGCGGAAUUGGCUUAAUGAUGCAAAACGUUUAUCUUCUCCAGAAGAGGCUGAAAAGUUUCGCUUGAAUGUCCUGGAAGAUGAGAUAUCUGCACUGAGAAAGAAUCUCUCGACCAGUAAUGAACUUGUAGGAUUCUGCCACAACGAUUUGCAGUAUGGAAACAUAAUGAUGGACGAAGAAACCAGAUUAAUAACCAUAAUUGAUUAUGAAUACGCGAGCUACAACCAUGUCGCCUUUGAUAUUGCAAAUCAUUUCUGUGAGAUGGUUGCAGACUAUCAUACUGAAACACCACAUAUUUUGGACUACAGUAAAUAUCCAGGUUUGGAGGAGCGUAAAAGAUUCUUGCGAAUCUAUCUAAGUGGUUCAGGUAACACGAGCAAUCCAAGUGAUUUAGAGGUGGAGCGGUUACUUCAUGAAGUGGAGAAGUAUACUCUUGCAAGCCAUCUUCAUUGGGGCUUAUGGGGAAUAAUCUCGGAGCAUGUUAACAAAAUUGAUUUUGAUUUCAUGGAGUAUGCAAGACAGAGGUUUCAAAGGUAUUGGGCGGUGAAACCUCAAGUACUGGAAAUUUCGAAAAGUUCCACAAACCCAUAGCUGAUGGUGUGCUACUUUUUGUCGUUCUUUGGAACGUUGUACAUAUAACCCUACUAUGAGAGGAUUGAUUGUCUGAAGUGCAUUAGGAAUAUGCACUGUAAUGAACUUUUCACAGAUGCAUGCAUUCAUUGAUUCUCAAACCCUUUAGAAAAGAUUUCAAUUUUUAUUUUUUUAGUUUCAUUCUUAUGUACAGCGAUGAUGCAUAUUUGCACCCUUUACAUUAUCAUAAUUAGUC